GCCAUGGAUACAUUUAUUCCAAACAACGUGGUGUUACAAAAUUUUAUUGUGAUAAAUUUACCUGCUAAAUAACUCAUUAAUAAUUGUUAUUAAAUUAUUUAAAAUAUAAUAAAACAAGAUGUCUUACAAAGACAUGAAAAAUUUUAUUGAGAUGAUGACGUACUUGGAUUAUCCAAGAUUAAUAUCAUAUGGAAAUUUUCGAGUACCGAAUUUUCGUUUAGUUGGUGAAAUAUUAGUUUGGCUAAUUCAUAGAUUUGAUCCGAGUGCUGAUAUUCCAACAGAGCAUGCAACUGAAGAAGAAAGAGUUGCACUUAUUCGUCGAGCUGCUGAAUUUAUGGCAAUUAAUGCAAAUAUUAAAUUAAAUACUAAAAAAUUGUAUCAAGCUGAUGGCUAUGCUGUUCAUGAAUUAUUAAAAAUAACAAAAAUGUUGUAUGAUGCACAGAAAAAUAGUUUUGAUGAAAGCAAACAAAUGUUGAAUGAUAAAGGUACAAAAAAAAUUGAUAAAAUUGAUAUAACAAAACGUAUUGAUGAAUUAAAAUAUACUCGACAAUUAGCAAGUGCAUUGACUGUUAAUGGUGCUAGUUUAUUUGAUUUACUUGGUCGUGAAGUACAACUACGUGAAAUAAGAAAUUCAAAAAUAAAUCGUCAAUUUGAUACAUCAGAAAUUGAAUUGGCCAUGAAGGAUGUUAUAAAUAAUACUAAAAAAGAAAUUGAAGAUACUAAAAUACAAAUUGAUAAUGUUAAAGAAACAGAACAAAAUCUUGAAAUGAGAAUUGAACGUCGUCGUAUUGAAUUAGAAAGAAAUAAUAAACGUUUACAAACAUUACGUAAAGUACGUCCUGCAUUUAUGGAAGAAUUUGAAAAAUUAGAAAUUGAAUUACGUAUUAUUUAUGAUGAUUAUUUACAAAAAAAUCGUUAUCUUGGUUACCUUGAGCAUCUUUAUGAGGAUGCUGCAAAAGCUGAACAAGAAAGAUUUGAACGUCGUCAAGCAGCAACAAAAAGACAAUUAGAAAAAUUACGUGGUGAAGAUGCUAGUUUUGAAAGUAUGAUGGAAGGUAAUGAUUCAAUAUUUAUAAAUGAUAUACAUGGUCCACUUGAAGAAGCUGAAAAACGUGCUAUGGAAACACCAAAUCAAUCAACAAUAAGACCAUCUGAAACAGCUGAAAGAACAUCAAGAAUGCAAAUAACACAGAGAAAAAUUUAUGGCAGUAUGUCAGGACGUCAACGUGGUCUUCAAAAAGAAUCACAUGCUGAUAGCAUUGGAUCCCUGGACAGUGACAGUGAUUUACUUAUUGAUGGUGACUUGGAGGAUGAUGAUGAUGAUGAGGAUGACGAUGAGGAUGAUGAUUUAGAAGAUAAUCGAGUUAUUAAUCCUGUUGCUGGACAUGAAAUUGCUAGCUAUGAUUUAAAAUCAAACAAUGAAAAACGUGCUGCUAGUAAAAUGUCAAGGUCUGAUGAAGAUUUUUAAAUUAUUAUUCUCAGAUUAAUUUGUAUGAAUAAAGCAACAGAAAAUUAAUUCAUUAAACUCAAAUAAAAACUAAUUUAAAUAAUUAA